GUUCUUAUUAGCACGUCGGGGGCUGCUCGGUUGUUAGAGCGGCGGCACGCCAAGUUUCAAAUUUAGUUCUUGAGGUAGUUUUCAGAAUCAGUACAUCUUGAAAGAAGAUGUCUAUGCCAGUAGAAAAACUUUGACAAACAGCGUAAAAAAAAUUCACAGAAGGCAAUCGCAAUAAACAGUUGACAAAAAAAUUAUAUCAUCUCAGCAGCUUGGCCUCCAAUCGUUGAUUCAUUGUUGCAAAUUUGACAGAAAUACACCCAGAUAGAAACCAACUUCAAACUCGAGAAUAAACCGUAGUUUUUUACUUGUAUGUAAACCAUCUUCAAUAUGGUAGUGUCAGGUUUGAAAUGGUCAAAGUUGAAAUAAUUUGUAAUGCAUAAAAUGCAUGGCCCGAAGUACGUGCGUUGCAGAGCGGGAAAGUGAGGCCGAUUGUAAGCCUGUUUGGGGUUACAGCUCGAGCUGCUAAAGUAGCUUGAGAAAACCACCCUUCUUUGCCUAAACAGCAUGACAGACUGGAUUUAGGGACCGCCGAAAUUUGUCAUGCGCCAAUUGGAAACUGGGUUCCAACUGGCAUCCAUUUUAUGCAUGACAAAUCAUUUCAACUUUGUCGAUUUCGAUUCUGACAGUUCCAUAUUCAAUGUAACCUGUACAAAUUCAUCCCGUUCGUAUUAUCUAUGAAACUUCUUGUACAAGAAAAACUCCCAUGUAGAAUAUUUCCGCUCACUCUAAUUUAAUAGCUACUAGUUAUCUUACACCCAACAACUCUAUAUCUAGCUUGAACCAAGAAUCUUUAUUCUGCCGCUGUAUUUACGAAACCAACGAAACCAAGAUACGCCACAGGAUGGUAAAAAUGCGGAGGAGAUGUCCUUGGAUGGGUUUGAGCAAUGCAUUUGUACCAAUAUUAAGAGG